CAACUCCUCACAGGGGAAAAAAAAAAUGAAUAAAGAGGCACAAACCGCCAUCAAUUAUUUGUUUAAUUUCUUUUUAGAUACAAGAAGUGCAUUUAAGAAAGAAAAAAAAAACUGGAAUACUUACGGAAACAAAAAGAAACGGAAAAUUCUGGUAUAGUUGUAUCAUUUGGCUUUCUGCAACGGGAUCGUUUCUCUCAGGCUCAGGCGACCCUUUGCUUCUUUACCUGAAAAGUGAAAACGGAGAACGGAGAACGGAGGAAGAGACAUAUCGAUCUUCUGUGAAUUGCAAAUUGUAAUUGCCGGAAAUGGAUGACUCAGGGAAUCCUCAGGACGUCAGUGUACCACCAGUUGAAGGUGUUGCUGGAGGAGGGACGGCAUAUGGAUGGACUGAUGGCGGCUUACAAGGUUUAAAUCCACACAAGGGAUCAGUUGACCCUACAGAGGUUCCAACUGCUGAUUUAGUGCAUGUGUGGUGCAUGCCAAGUACAGCAAAUGUUGGGCCACAAGAAAUGCCUAGGAAUUUGGAGCUGGUUAAUCUUCUGGCUGCUAGAAACGAGAGAGAAAGUAUUCAAAUUGCAGUACGUCCAAAAGUUUCCUGGGGUGGUCUUGGAAAUGCAGGGGUUGUGCAGGUCCAGUGUAGUGACUUAUGCUCCACAUCUGGUGAUCGGUUGGUUGUUGGACAAUCAAUAAAGAUGCGGCGUGUGGUGCCCAUAUUGGGUGUCCCAGAUGCUCUUGUGCCUCUUGAUCUUCCAGUUAGUCAAAUAAGCCUAUUACCAGGAGAGACAACUGCUGUCUGGGUUUCCAUUGAUGUUCCUAGUGCGCAACCCCCAGGAGAGUAUGAGGGGGAGAUCAUCAUUACUGCUACAAAGGCAGAUGCAGAGAUCCCUUCACAAUGUUUGGGCAAAUCCGAGAAGCAUCAGAUUUAUAGGGAUCUUCGAAGCUGUCUUGAAAUGGUGGAGCCCAUUGACGGAAAACCGGUGGAUGAACUGGUAGAAAGACUGAAAUCUGCAACAACAUCUUUAAAAAGAGUUCUUUUGUCGCCAUUAUUUUCAGAAUUUGUUUCAUAUAAUGGGUCAGUUGAUAUGAUGGAGGAAGAUGCUAUUUCGAGCCUUUCAGUACGUGUGAAGAUUCAUAUGACAGUUUGGGACUUCAUUCUUCCUGAAACUCCAUCACUUCCUGCUGUAUUUGGCAUAUCUGAUACUGUAAUUGAGGAUCGUUUUGGUGUUGAACAUGGGAGUGAUGAGUGGUAUGAGGCAUUGGAUCAGCAUUUUAAGUGGCUUCUUCAAUACAGACUCAGCCCAUACUUUUGCAGAUGGGGUGAUAGUAUGCGUGUCUUGACAUAUACCUGCCCUUGGCCAGCUGAUCAUCCAAAAUCAGAUGAAUAUUUUUCAAACCCACGAUUAGCAGCCUAUGCUUUGCCAUAUAGUCGAUCUGUCUCUGGCGGUGAUGCAGCGAAGGAUUACAUGCAGAAACAAAUUGAGAUAUUGAGGACAAAGUCUCACUGGAAGAAAGCAUAUUUUUACUUGUGGGAUGAGCCACUGAAUUUGGAGCAAUAUGAGUCCCUUCGCAGCAUAGCCAGUGAGAUCCAUGCCUACGCUCCUGAUGCUCGUGUUUUAACUACUUACUACUGUGGACCAAGCGAUGCACCUCUUGCACCCACUGCAUUUGAGGCUUUUGUAAAAGUUCCAAAGUUUUUACGCCCACAUACUCAAAUUUAUUGUACAAGUGAAUGGGUGCUUGGUAAUCGAGAAGAUUUGGUCAAGGAUAUUAUUGCUGAAAUACAACCAGAAAAUGGCGAGGAAUGGUGGACUUAUGUGUGCAUGGGACCGUCUGACCCCCAUCCCAAUUGGCACCUUGGGAUGCGAGGUACUCAGCACCGGGCUGUAAUGUGGCGUGUAUGGAAAGAAGGUGGAACAGGUUUCUUAUAUUGGGGUGCCAAUUGCUAUGAGAAGGCAAAUGUUCCAAGUGCAGAGAUAAGAUUUAGGCGCGGUCUUCCCCCUGGAGACGGAGUUUUGUUCUACCCUGGCAAAGUGUUCUCAUCAUCAAAUGAACCAGUGGCUUCAGUCAGACUUGAGCGCAUUCUCAGUGGCUUGCAAGACAUUGAGUACCUCAGACUCUAUUCUUCAAGGUAUGGUAGAGAUGAAGGGUUGGCUCUCCUUGAAAAGACGGGCUUGUACCAGGGUCCGGAGCGCUACACGCUUGAGCAUAUGCCAAUUGAUGCGAUGCGGGGUGAGAUAUUCAAUGCAUGCCGGUCAUGAGAAAAUGCUGUAUGCAAAAGGGAUGUGGUAGAGUUGUUCAGGUCAGGCAUGAUUAGGUCUUGAUGGUCGGCACACACUUCCAGACAUGCCUAGACUUGAGAUCAACGUUUUUGCAGCCAAGCCUGCACACGAUCAUAGAUGUUUUUGUCUUCCACAACUACCAGUUUUGCAUUUUCCUAACUUUCAUAAUCAUUUCAUGUUAAUGUUAAUGUACAGAGAUCAUCUAGUCGGAUCCUUUAUUUUUUCCCUAAAUUUGAUUGAUUGACUGUAUAGAUGAGAAACAUGAAAAAAGAAAAAAUGUUUAGAAGCUAGAAUCUUCUUGCUACU